AUGGUUGCACUUGUACCAUCAACAAUAUUUCGACAAACAUAUCGAACAGGAAAGUAUUUUUUAAAUUUAUCUAAACAACAAUUAGCAUCAGCAGCACAAACAACACCGACAACAACAACACAUGGAACAAUAACAUCAUUAUUAACUUUUAAUCAACAAGAUGAACAACAAAAAGAACGUAAUCCUACGAGUUUUGUAUUUCUCACAAGCCGCAAAAAUGUUAUUGAGAAUAUACAUCAAGCACCAAUUCGAUGCGCAUGUUUAUGUCGUGAUGCAACAACAAUAGAACGUUUUUCCUCUCUUGUUGAAUGGUUAUUAUUAUAUAUAAUAAAUUUAUUACAAACAUUUACGGUAUCUGAUAAUUUCAAUGAUGAAGAUUUUUGUAAUCAAUUAAAUGAAUCAGAUUCAUCAACACAAAUAUGUAGUAUAUUAACAACAACAGAUCAAGAACAACAACGUCAAUAUCGUCAAUGGACAUUAGAAGAAAAAGAGCGUUUACUAUUAUGUGUAGCUCGUUGUUUUACACUUAAUUUACCAAUAUAUUCAGCUGCGCAUCGUAAUCCAUCAUUAGCACAUCAUGUUGCUUAUUAUCAAAUGCAACAUGCAUCAGCUGAUUUUAAAACAUUUUUAUCAUCAUAUUGUCAUUUAAAUUUAUCAUCAAAUCAUACAAAUGGAAAUAAUGAUUCUCAUCAUGUAUCACUUUAUUUAUAUAGACAUAUAUGUUCAUUUUGUGAAAAUCGCGGUUUAAUUGUUAUACGACAAGUAUUUGAAUCAGCUAAAAAUACUCGAAUGUUACCAUUAUCAAUUGCGCAUGCAUUAUUUGUUAUUUUAACUAAUUUACGUCAUCAUUUAAAUAUAGAUAUUAUAAAAAAUUUUCUAUUACCAAUUCGUCCACAUGCAAUACGUUAUAUGUGUUUAUUAUCUGACAAUGAAUUACGUUUAUGUGGACAAAAAAAUACGAAUGAUUUAUUAUAUGCAUCAUUAAAAGAUUUAUUUUUAACAACAACAUUUCGACAACGUUCAACAUCAUCAACAAGUGUUUUAUCACCAUAUAAUACAAAACAUCAUCAUACAAUACAAUUUCAACGUUAUCAUUUUGAUCGUUUAAUGUUAACGUUAGCAUUGAAAUAUUUAACAUGUUCAACAUUAACAAUACGUUUAACUGGUUUAUCACAUAUAACAAAUCAAAUACAACAAUGUCUUGAUUAUACACAAUAUCGUCGUCAUCAAUCAAUGGCAGCAGCUGCAGCUGCAGCAGCAUCAUGUUGUUCUCAUACGAAUACAACACAAGAAAUAUUUACUGUUAGUGAAUCAGAUGGUGAAGAUGAAACAACACAAAAAUUAACUAAUGAUGCAUCAUCAUCAUCAACAAGUUCAACUGAUGAUAAUGAUGAAUAUUCAUCACAUAAUCAUCAUGAACGUAAAUUAGCUAAUUGGAUUAUUGAUAAUAAAAUCAUUGAUUACUUAUUUGGACCUAAUUUACAUACGGAAUUACUUAAACAAUGUUUAACUAUAUUAAUUUUUUUAGCAUCAAAUAAUCGUUUAACGGUUGAACAUAUUGAUUUAAUAUGGUCAUGUGUAUCAUUAACACAUUGUAGUCGACAUAUAUUAGACUUAUUAAUGAAUUUAGGACAAAAAAAUUUAAGUAUACAUUUACUUAAUCAUUUAUUACAAUUAAUUGGUCGUAGUGAUCGUACACAAUAUACAGAAUCAACAUUAACAUUAAUAAGUAUAUUAACAAAAUCAUAUUGGAGUCAAUUAAUACGUUCAUCAAAUACAAUUAUACAAAAUAAAAAACAACAAGAAUUAGCAAUGAAACAAAAAUUUCGUCAAAGAAAUUCAUUAAAUAUGCAAAAUAUUUUACGAAAACAGAAAACUUUAAAACGACAACAAUUAUCACCAUUAAAAAGAAUUGAUAGAACAAAAAAUGUUGCAAUGAUUCGACAUAGAGGUUAG